AUGGCCAGCGACUGCGCCGCCCGGAGCCUCGACAGCAUCGACCUGGCUGCGCUGCGGGAUCCAGCAGGGAUAUUUGAACUAGUACAAGUCGUUGGAAAUGGGACAUACGGCCAAGUCUUUAAGGGUCGCCACGUGAAGACCGGGCAGCUGGCGGCAAUCAAGGUGAUGAACGUGACCGAGGAGGAGGAAGAAGAAAUCAAACUGGAAAUCAACAUGUUGAAAAAAUAUUCCCACCAUCGCAAUAUUGCAACGUACUACGGCGCGUUUGUCAAGAAAAGUCCUGCAGGUCAGGACGACCAGCUGUGGUUAGUAAUGGAAUAUUGCGGAGCUGGGUCUGUAACAGAUUUGGUGAAGAAGACGAAAGGAAACUGUUUCAAGGAAGACUGGAUUGCAUAUAUAUGCCGAGAGGUUCUCAGGGGAUUGGCACAUUUACAUGCUCAUCAUGUUAUUCACCGAGAUAUUAAAGGGCAGAACGUACUCCUAACGGAAAACGCUGAGGUGAAACUAGUGGAUUUUGGCGUGAGCGCUCAACUAGACCGGACAAUUGGCAGAAGAAACACGUUCAUCGGGACCCCCUACUGGAUGGCCCCUGAGGUCAUUGCUUGUGAUGAAAACCCAGAAUCAACCUAUGACUACAGAAGUGACUUGUGGUCGCUGGGAAUCACAGCGAUAGAGAUGGCCGAGGGAGCUCCCCCCUUGUGCGACAUGCAUCCCAUGAGGGCUCUGUUUCUCAUUCCACGGAACCCGCCCCCAAAACUGAAAUCUAGGAAAUGGUCAAAGAAAUUCCUUAACUUUGUCGACAGCUGCUUGGUUAAGAACUACACGCAUCGGCCUGCAACGGAAACCCUGCUCAAGCAUUCCUUCAUCAGAGACAUGCAGAAUGAGCGACAGGUGCGCAUCUUGCUGAAGGACCAUCUAGAUAGAACCAGGAAGAAGAAGGGGGAGAAAGAUGAAACUGAGUACGAAUACAGUGGAAGUGAGGAAGAAGGUGAUGAGGUGAAUGAAGAUGAAGGAGAACCAAGCUCCAUUGUUAAUCUCCCUGGUGAAUCCACCCUCCGGCGUGAAUUCCUGAGGCUUCAGCAGGAGAACAAAAGUCGCUGUGAUCCUCAACGCCAGCAGCCGAUCCAGCAGCAUCCGCAGCUGAAAGACCAAGAAAAGUACAAAAAGCAGCUCUCGGAAGAAAGGCAGAAACGAAUAGUGGAACAAAAACUGCAGAGGAAAAAGUUGGAGGAUCACCAGAAGAGAGAGGAGCUCUGGAAGCAUCUGGACCUUGAAAGGAGAUGUCCGGAGAUCAAGGCAGCUCAAAACAAAGCAGAGAAGGAUAAAGACGGCCAGAGAAGUAACGAGGUUGAGCGGUGCAGAGCGGAGGGCGUCAAGAAAUCAGACAACCAGCAGAAAAAAAUUGAAGAAGCACAUCAUGGUAAGAAGCUUCAUCGGACUCUUCCCAAAGACCAGACACAGCUGCUUUCUCUCCAACAUGAUCAUAAGCAGAAGAAUAAAGAGCCCCCCAGGAUCGUCAGUCCCCCGGCUCGUCUUCCGUCGAACUGCCCAAGCAAAGCGGUGGAUAGCAAGCGCAAGAAGAGCGACAGCGUUCAAACGGACCUCAGCUGGGCAGCCAUUCUGGGUGGGGAGGCCGCCUCGCCUGGUCGGCUGGGCUCUGGCAGUAGCUCCAGUCCGUGCACACCAGCUUUGCAACGAGCAGCGAUGGCUCAGAAUGAAAACCUAUGGAGCAGCCGAGAGAUGUAUCACAGCAGUUCCUUGUCUGACGUGGCCGUGACACCGCUGAGCCCUGGCCAGGAUGAGGUCUUCUGGAAUAUGGGGCAGACUGAAGAGCAACCGCCCAAGGUUCCUCAAAGAACAACCUCCAAAUUUUUAACCAGGGACCAUCUCAGCCAUCAGAGUUACCCUUCGAGCGCACAGCAGCUGUCCCUGGGGGGCCACGCCGUGAAAGCCAACAGCAGGCGAAGGGAGCUGGCGCCUCAUCAGAACAACCGACCGACGGCAGGAUCAUCCAGACCAGAGGGCCAACACCAGUCUUCUAAGAAACCAGGAAAUGCAUCUCACCCGUUCCAUUUUUCAACUCCACCCUUCUGGGUCAAGGGGAAAGAUGGCGGCAGCUUGCUCCAGAAAUCAGCAGAGUAUUCAUCCUCCAGUGACGAAGUGUGCAGCAGCGAGGACGACGAGGACAAUUUUGGCAAUCACAUAAGGCAACCACUCAGCAAUGGAGUGACAGGUUUCUCAAGAGCAGAUGGGAUCGAACUGAAACCUCAGAACGCUCUCGCGGAUCACAAGGAUCACGUUGCAGGAAAGCUCAGCUGCAGCGCGCACGAAGGGUUGUGGAGCAACCAGAAUUAUCUUCUCCCAGACCUCCUGCAGCAGAGCCAAAUUUCGGGCUGUCCAGCAAACCAGCUAAAGGUUGCAGAGAACGGCCAAGAACCUCGAAGCAAGCCUGUUCCUACUAAGACACCAAGCGCUGACCACACGCCCUCCAAAAACAGCUCCUCGUCUACUUCAUCGUUCACGUCCUUCAUAGAUCCUCGGCUUCUCCAAAUCUCUCCUCCUUCUAGUCCAACUGGACCCACCUGUGGUUCCCCAUCCAAUGUGAAAGCAGAGCCCACCAGCCGGCAAAACGCAAGGAAAGGAUCCGUCGUCAACGUGAACCCCACAAACAUCCGGCCGCAGAGCGACAGCCCGGAAAUCCGCAAAUAUAAAAAGAAGUUCAAUUCGGAGAUCUUGUGUUCUGCACUGUGGGGGGUGAAUUUACUUGUGGGGACUGAGAAUGGAUUGUGGCUUCUGGACCGAAGCGGGCAAGGAAGGGUUUACUCCCUGAUAACCCGGAGGCGGUUCCAGCAGAUGGACGUGCUUGAAGGACUCAACGUGCUCAUUACCAUCUCAGGUAAAAAGAAUAAGCUACGGGUCUACUACUUGUCCUGGUUACGAAACAAGAUCUUGCGGAAUGAUCCUGACGUGGAGAAGCGCCAAGGAUGGGUGUCGGUGGGUGACCUUGAAGGCUGCGUACACUAUAAAGUGGUGAAAUACGAGAGGAUCAAGUUUCUUGUGAUUGCUGUGAAAAAUUCAGUUGAGGUCUAUGCCUGGGCUCCUAAACCAUAUCACAAAUUUAUGGCCUUUAAGUCCUUCUCUCCACUUCACGAAAAACCACUCUUGGUUGACUUGACAGUUGAGAACGGGCAGAGGUUAAAAGUCAUCUAUGGCUCGCUGGUUGGAUUCCAUGCUAUUGAUGUGGACUCUGGCUCUGUGUAUGACCUGUACCUGCCAACCCAUAUCCAGGGAAAUAUUCACCCACAUGCCAUUAUCAUACUCCCUAAUACCAGUGGAAUGGAACUACUACUCACCUAUGAAGAUGAAGGAGUCUACCUUGACAUUUACGGACACUUCUCGAAGGAAAAUGUUUUACAGUGGGGAGAAAUGCCAGCAUCUGUAGCUUAUCUUCAAUCAAAUCAAGUCAUGGGCUGGGGAGAGAAAGCGAUUGAACUGCGUGCCGUGGAGACCGGGAACCUGGAAGGAGUGUUUAUGCACAAGAAGGCACAGAAACUGAAAUUCCUAUGCGAACGGAACGAUAAGGUCUUUUUUGCAUCUGUUCAAUCCGGAGGCAGCAGUCAAAUUUACUUUAUGACACUCGGCCAGAAUAUACUAUUCAAUUGGUGAAUCACAUCAGGAUGAAAUAUGGGUUGAUCCCCCCCCCCCCCCCCGCUGGAUAUGAGCUGUGUAAAAUGCGAACGAGUUACAGUCGUUUGCACGUUUUCCUACGAGGUGAAAAAAUACUGUCAUCAUUACUCCGUCCUUCAGUUGUGGAAGAGUUCCAUUUUCCUUUCCAACUAUUGCAAAUAUAUUGCUUGCUGUUUAAAAUCUGCCAUUCAAUAACCUAGAGAGCGAUUUUUAAAAACUUACGGGCAAAUAUGCAAUUGAGCAGAGCGCAAAUGUAUGGCAACUGUAACCAAGUCACCAAGUUCCCUUUACUACAAAGUAUGCGCAGGUAUAUAUUUUGCACAGGUAUUAUUGUAAUGUACUGUUGUUAAACGUUCAUGUUUUUAUUUUGGAAAACAAUUUAUGUACAGGUGGGCAUAUUCAAUGCAUGUGUGUCUUGGCCACAAGCUGGAAACCCUCUUGAGGCUAAAUUACUUUUGUAUUGUUUUGCUGUUCUUGAAAAAACAGGCUUAGUCAGGUGCAUUGGUCUUCAUUUCAGAACUAAUAAGGAACCAACUUUCCCUCCCUCUCUCUCUCUUUUUAAGCUUUUAGUCUUUUCAGAUAGGGAAUGUGCAAAAGGACUUCCUCUGGACUGUGCCCGCAGUCCCUGGGGCUGGAAGUGUCUGCCCCCUUUUUUUUCAGGCUUUGAAACCUCGUAUACCUAAAGACAUUAUUCGUCCAUUUAUGCUAUCAAUGUAGAAUGUAUUUCUAAGGAUAUUUUAAAUAGCAAUAUAUCACUCAUGGACGCCGUGGGAAGUGUUUUGCAGACGGAUACUGCAAACCUUACUUACACAACAGCCCUUCAUAUUCAAAGGGGCUUAUGCAAGUUCAGGAUGCAGGCUUUUCUUAGGGUUGUGGGUUUUUUUGGGGGGGGGAGGCGGCAGGGGCUGGAGACUACUACAUCUCCUGAUUUCAACAGAAAGUAUCUAUUUAUGUAUAGGUCUGUAAAUAUGUUCUCUUAUCACAUUUAACAAAUGUACUUUUUAUAUAGCCAUAGAAACAACCCAAAGAAACAAGGGAAGUUCUCAUUGAAGUGGGGCGAUUGCUCCAGUGAGACUUCACAUGAGGCAGGUUGUCAGUGGAUCGAACCAGAUAACCUUUUUAAAAAAAUAACUCCCGUUAGGCAUUUUGAAUGAAUGACGUCUGAGCAGUAGGGAAAUCAUCUAGUGACACACUUGUGUUUUUUUCCACCGUGAAAUUAUAUUCUCAGGGGCUACUCUAGAGUUGAGCUUGCAGGUUUACAUGUACAAUCAUGACUUAGCUAACGUUUGUACAAUGCUUUAGAAAAUGUAAAGCACUAUAAAAAUUACGACAUAGUAUGAUUAUAUAAUAACUGAAAACUUGAUGCAAAAAAUAUUUUUAUCCAAAAGAGAAAUACAGUCAUCUAUAU